GGCUUUUAUCACCCGGACUCAAACUCGCACCUCACAGCCUGCGCACCAUGUCGUCUCCCGGGUCGACCCAGUCGAAACUCCCAGUGACUCUGCUGGGAAGCAUGGCUUUCGGGGGGCGCGCAGACGCGGAUACCAGCGCUGCCAUGGUGCGCGCUUUCUUAGAGCGGGGACACAGCGAGGUGGACACAGCGUACACGUACGUGGAGGGACAGGCAGAGACCGUCAUUGGGGGAAUGGGAUUACCCAAGACAGUUAAAAUCGCCACCAAGGCCAAUUCCUGGGACGGCAAGACGCUGAAGCCAGAGAGCAUCCGCUCUCAGCUGGACACCUCUCUGAAGAGACUGCAGAUCCAGACCGCCGAUAUCUUCUACCUGCACGCUCCCGACCACGAGAACCCCGUCGAGGACACGCUGCGAGCCUGCCACGAGCUGCACAGGGAGGGCAAGUUUAAAGAGCUUGGCCUGUCCAACUAUGCCUCCUGGGAAGUGGUUGAAAUCUCUUGCAUCUGUGAACACAACGGCUGGAUUCGGCCCACCGUUUACCAGGGAAUGUACAAUGCCACCACUUGUCAGGUUGAGACAGAGCUGCUGCCUUGUCUGAGGUAUUGCGGAAUGAGGUUCUACUCCUAUAACCCUCUGGCCGGUGGGUUACUUACGGGGAAAUACAAAUUUGAAGACAAGGACAACUCGCAGCCGUCUGGCAGGUUUUUUGGAAACGACUGGGCAAAAGCGUACAAGGCGAGGUACUGGAAGAAGCACCAUUUCCAGGCAAUAGAUCUCGUGAAGAAUGCUUUGCAGGCAGCGUAUGGUUCCAGCAAGCCCACAAUGACCUCGGCAGCCCUGCGCUGCCUGUACCAUCACUCCCAACUUCAGGGCGAGCGUGGCGACGGCGUGAUCCUGGGCAUGUCUACCAUGGAGCAGCUGAAGCAGAACCUGGCCGCCAUGGAGGAGGAGCCGCUGUUGCCCAGCGUGGUGGAGGCCUUCGGGCAGGCCUGGGACCUGGUGGCACACGAACGCCCCAACUACUUCCGCUACACCAGAACAGGUCACACCGCUAACGGGAACUUCGUAUACAGGGUAGGAGUUUGUCUUCCCAAGCGCAUCGAUGUAGAAAUUCUGUAACUUUACAACAAUUACACGUGUCACGCUUUCAGAGACCCUGGGCUUGGGCUAGUUUACAGUACCUACGCUAACGCUAGUCCACGAUUAGGGCUAAUCUGGGCUUGACAAGACAAUAUUGUGUUUCAUUUAAGUAAGAUUUAUUGGGGUUGGGUUUGUUUUAUUUACUGCUUUCAGGACUCGCGUCCGUAAAGGCAAUAGCUAACUUUUAAAAAAAAAAAUUCUUUACAGCUUAUGACAGGUAUUACUUGAUUUAAAUAUUGUCGCUAACAUGUUUUGGUUUGUCCUCAAUGAGGCUACUAAUUCUCCUGUCAGGUGUGUGUGUAUAUACACACACACACAUUCUUAAUGCUCCAAAAACUUAUAUAAAAAGAUUACACAACACAUUUUCCAUGACCC